AUGACGGCAGAAACGGACAAAAAUAUAGUAGAGAAUGCAGAUAGCAUUCAUGUGGAAAAACCCACUGACAAGUCAAUACAUAUUAUCUCACCAUGUUCCUUUCUUGAAAAUUAUCAGGAUGGAACAUCGCAUAAUUCAUCUGUGAGAUGCUUGCUUAUCUUAAAUCAGGAAAUCAGAGUGAAAAGUCAAUUCUUUAAGAAGCUAUGGAGUAGUACAUCGUUGCAUGUGUGUGCUGAUGGUGGUGCCAAUCGCUUAUAUAAAUACUGUCAGCAAACAAGUGCUGAAAGCAGCUAUAUUCCAGAUUUUAUAGUAGGUGAUCUCGAUUCUCUCACGUUGGAUAUCAGAACCUUUUAUGAAGCCCAUAAAACCGUUAUAAAAAAGCAAGGGUCACAAUAUUACUCGGAUCUAGAUAAGGCUAUUGCAUUAAUCAAUGUCACAGUGAACAUGUCAGAUGUAGAUAUUACAAAGUUGGAUGAUUAUAGUCAGCUUGAGACGGUAGAAACGGACAAAAACAAAAGAUUGGAAUUACCAAAAGGCGUCACUGUCAUAACUAUGGGUGGAAUAGGGGGUCGAUAUGAUCAGACAAUAGCAACAAUUUCGAGAACUCUCCAAUCAUAUUUCACUAGACCGCACAUGAAUUUUCUUCUUCUCAAUUCGGAGCAUCCGGAGUUUGUCUUACUACUUCCUCAGGGAAAGAACUUCGUUAAUAUAGCAUCAGAUUUCUUGGAUACAGAAACUACAGAUCGGAAAAAAUAUUCUUUAAGAACAGUUGGACUAUUACCACUUUGUAAACCAGCUAGAUUGACUACAAAAGGCCUUAAAUGGGAUGUGAAAGAUUGGGAAACGGCGAUCUCCGGAGAUUUGAGCCUCUGUAACUUGCAAGUUGGUGAUAAUGGCUUUUAUGUUAAAACUACGACUGACAUUUUUGCCAACAUAGAGUUUUGA